GAGAGACCAAUUUCCGCCAGUCUCCAGAAAACCUUAUGGCAAAACCUUCAGCUACAUAAAUAGCUGAAACCACAGUUAAUCAAACUAAUUGAUUUGCUCUCCCACACAACAAAACUCUCUCAAUCCAGCCAAUUUUCUGUCCUCCUAUCGCCUUUCUUUCUCUGGCAUUUGGAUCCAGUCGCCGGAGCCUCAUCCGUGUCCAGCCGCCGUGAAUAAUCGUUCAGUCUCCCGCCAAAUCGAACUCACAGUUUGAUUUUAAUUACAGGUAGAUUCUGCACAGCCUGAGAACUCUUGGGUUGAUGAAGAACGGGAUGAUAGAGUGCAGUGUCUGUCAUUCCAAGCUGGUGUCUCCAUCCCCAAAGUCUAUUUCACGGGCUUAUGAUCGACAUAGGAGUAAGGUAUCAUCAAAGCAACGGGCUCUUAAUGUCCUAUUGGUUGGUGGAGAUUGUGUCCUUGUUGGUUUACAGCCCAUUUUGGUUUUUAUGUCGAAGGUGGAUGGACGCUUCAAGUUUAGCCCUAUUAGUGUCAACUUUUUGACAGAGGUUGCAAAAGUUAUUUUUGCUAUCGUGAUGCUCAUAUUUCAGGCUAGGCGGCAAAAAGUUGGUGAAAAGCCGCUUCUAUCAAUUUCCACAUUUAUUCAGGCUGCUCGCAACAAUGUACUUCUUGCUGUUCCAGCCCUUCUUUAUGCUAUAAAUAACUACCUGAAGUUCAUUAUGCAGCUAUAUUUCAACCCUGCAACAGUUAAAAUGCUGAGCAAUCUAAAGGUUUUGGUCAUCGCUGUGCUUCUGAAGGUCAUAAUGAGACGUCGAUUUUCAGUAAUUCAGUGGGAGGCUCUUGCUUUGUUGCUCAUUGGCAUUACUAUUAAUCAACUUAAAUCCUUCCCUGAGGGUAGCAGUGCUUUGGGUCUUCCAGUAACAACUGGUGCAUAUGUAUAUACAUUGAUAUUUGUGACUGUUCCUUCUUUGGCCUCAGUCUUCAAUGAAUAUGCCCUGAAAAGCCAAUAUGAGACCAGCAUUUAUCUUCAGAACUUAUUUUUGUAUGGUUAUGGAGCUAUAUUCAACUUUCUUGGAAUUCUUGGAUCUGCCAUUUUCAAAGGUCCUGGUAGCUUUGAUAUAUUGGAAGGACAUUCAAAAGCCACAAUGCUCUUAAUAUGUAAUAAUGCUGCACAGGGGAUUCUAUCCUCGUUUUUCUUCAAGUAUGCUGAUACAAUUUUGAAGAAGUAUUCGUCAACUGUUGCCACAAUAUUCACAGGCAUAGCAUCUGCUGUUAUGUUUGGCCACACUUUGACUAUAAACUUUAUGUUAGGGAUUUCUGUGGUAUUCAUAUCAAUGCAUCAGUUCUUUUCACCUCUAGCAAAAGCCAAGGAUGACCAACAAAAUGGGGUGCUUGACAGAAUGAAUGUACAGGAUAGUCAUAGGUCAAGGGACUCAUCCUUCAUAAAUAUGGCUGCUGGAGCAAAUGAGGAGGCUAGUCACCGCGUCGGACCUGAUGAAAGACAACCUCUUCUUCCCACCUAAAGUUACUUUGGCAGUGGUUCCAUUUUUGCAACUCAGUUACUGGGAGGUAUAGAGCAGAAGAUAGAGAAGUGUCAAUUAGUAACAAUAAAGCACAACGGCAAUUUUUCACUCUCAAGAAAUACAGUUAGUGUACACAGUGAUUCUUCUCUGGAAGAGGUUGGAAGCACACCGUGGGAGAAUUGAGGCUCCAAGGAGGGGGGUGUAAAGGAGAAUGCUGACAUGGUUGUAUACCAUCUUAUUCUUACCAAUACUCUGUUAAUCGAUAAUGUAUGAAUUUUAGGUGGCUAUAAAUUUGAUUCAUUUGCUACCCAAAGAAUCCUUAAUAUACCUUUUCUCAAAUGAAAUUCGUUUCGAUUCCUAGUCUGCUUGUAUACUGGAUACCUAUAUUUUGGUAUGGAAAUUCCAUUUUGAUGUGAAUGACUGAGUCAAGAAGCAAAGAG